AACAAUAAUUAAAGCGACGUGUGUGUAUUGCCAGGAUAUUUCUUUAAUUAUUUUUACCUGAUGCAUACUUCUUGAAGUUUUAUAGAACAUAGUUGUUUUGCAAUAACUGUUUCCUGUUCAAUCCAUAUUUGGUACAGUUGUAGGAAAUAUUCAAUAUUCAAUUUAAAUGGCGAAACUCACGUAUGUGUAUCGGUCGGACGAGAUGAAUUGUGUCAAAGUUUCGAAGAGGCAGCUACCAUUGAUAGGAGGAGAAAAUUUGAUGAUGUUAAUGGAUUUGAACACUAAAGGCCUCAUAUUUGAUCAUUCGCCUGUGAUCGGAUUAGAAUUAGAGGAAUUUACGAAAAAAUAUAGGCUCUUAUCUCCAGCAGAACUACGAUUGUCGCUCAAUGUACCUACUAUAGAAUUUACUGCGAUGUUAAGUCAAAAUGUGCCUUGUGUUGGAUGUAGAAGAAGUGUUGAACGACUUUUCUAUCAGUUAAUGCUUUCCGGACAUCCAACGCUCGAUCCAAUCGUUAUUACGAAUAAAGGCAUUUUAACAAUAAGUGACGAUAAAAUGAAAUCGCCACAGUCAGUGUGUACAUUAUUUCAUAAACAUAGAGCGUUACUUGAAGGACUGGUAGACAAUCAAUUCCGGAACAGAAAAAGCUCACGUUGUAGUCUACAUUCAUUGGACUCGUUUCGUUUACGUCCAUUUUCUGAAACAUGGAGAGAUGUAUGGAAUUGUAUGAAACAACAAUGUAAAGAUGAAAUAGCUGUAAUCGAAGCGUCCGAACUACAUACUACGCUUAACAGUUACUUAAAAAAGCAUAAAUUCUGUCAAGAAUGUCGCACUAAGGUCGAAAAGGCAUACUCUUUACUUGUAGAAGAAAGCAAUCCCGCAAAAGAAAAAGGCUAUGUUGCGCAUUUAUAUUCCGGAAUAAAGCGUUGUCUAACAGAUAAGCAUAUCCACCUCCAAACUAAGUUCGAGUACAUCGAUGGAUUGAUUACCCGAGCAGAGCCAGAGUUGAGUGGCAGAAAUUCGAAACAUCGGGAGCGACACGCGAAAACACUUGAAAUAGCUCAAGAAGAAGUCCUUACAUGCAUAGGAAUGUGCCUUUAUGAAAGGCUGAGACGUAUCAAUGUGUGUUUACGUGAAGAAGAAAAUGCGUGUCAGGUGCUAGCGGCUGUAGCAGUUCAUGCUCUGUGUCGAAGCUUUGAUAUGGCAGUUGAAAACAAGCAAGGAAUAAGCAAUCUAGAAUUGUUGUAUCAAGAAAUAAGUCGGGAAGAACGUUCAAGGGAACAAAAGAAGGAACAGAAAAAGUUGAAAAAACGCAAGAAGCGCAACGAGAAAAAACGUUCCGAAAAUGGUUUGACGAUUUUUGAAAAAUGUGAAAAAAGCAAAUGUUUAUGCUCAACGGAUGAUUUUGAAAAUACUGGAUUCGGCACAGUAGAUCGCCUAGUGGAAUGUGAUAAUAGAAUUAUCAAUGCAAACGUAGGUCGUCACGAAAAUCCUCCAAGAUAUGAAACUACAUGCAAUUCAUGCGAGGAAGCCGUACAUUCAAGACAGACUACCGCCGUAUUUACCUUACCUUCCAUCGAUGGUGGCUAUUCUUCAGAACCUCAGAAUACGGAAUCGUCAAAUGUAUCUGAUUCAAUAACUUCUAGUCUUGUUAGUACUCCUGAAGGGUCCGAAAUUGCAUGCUCAGAAGGAUUUUGUAAUCAUGAUAGUGUGCUACACUCCAGAGAAUCUACUACUACGUAUAACGGUAAAGGCAUUAGAAGAACUAUGCCCCAGAAGAUGAAGACUUCACCAAAGUUCACGAUGACGUUACAGGAAAUGUUGGAUAAAUCUUCCGUUGAUGAUGAUGAUGGAGAAAUACAUUCGAUCCCCCAGGAAUGUAUUAUGGAAUUUAAAUUACGCAGCAAUGUUAUCAAGCAGCAGAGAGAAGCUCUACGACAACAACUACUAAGCAAUUUCAAGCGAUUAUGUAUCAGCCACUGUAUGAAAGAAAAUCAGAAGAAUUAAAAAUGUAGGCGCAAUAUUGCGUUUAUUGUAAUAGUUGGUUUUAUAUAAUUGACUAUUUGAAGUAAUAUAUAGAAAUGAAAACCA